GUGCGAAACCGGCGCCGGCGCACUGCCACAUGCGAGCUCAGUUACUACUAUGUUGACAUCGUGCGCCGUCGUUCUCUUAGCGGUGGACGCGCUCUGCGCCGCUAGCCUUCAAACUGUAGACAUCGACUUGAACAACACUCUCCCAGCUGAGCAGUACUUCAUCGACAAGAUAUUCGAUAAAUAUGGAGACAAAGGAGUCAUCACAUUCGAGGGUUUUGAGCAUUUGCUGGACAGUCUCGGUUUGGGAGGACGCGUGUUUAACUCACCACAUGACAUCGCUCUCCACCGGGUUAAUGGCAGCUUCCGACAACUGCACGACACGCAGCACCGACAUAGAAGAUCACCUUCAUCCUUUGCACCGAUACUGAAGAAGUCAUGCCUAUCCCCAAAAGAAAUAUUGGAAGUGUAUGGAAUGGAAAACGAGCCGGGCGUCAUAACUAUAAACCCGAAAACAUUUUUGGAAAUGUGUCCAGCCCUAGUUUAUCAAUUAGAUCAAAGAUCUUGUUAUAAGACCGAUGCUCCAACACCUAAACUCGAACGAGUAUGGACAUGGGUAUACGCAAGUUUAAGCAUCCUUAUAAUAAGUGCUACCGGAUUAUUAGGAGUUGCCAUAGUUCCAAUGCUAAAAUCCGUUAUCUUCAGCCAUGUUAUACAUUUUUUGGUAGCAGUUGCGGUCGGUACGUUGUGUGGUGAUGCACUUUUACAUCUUUUGCCACACGCGCUUAAGUCUAACGGAUUCCCCAACGAACCUCAAGAAGAAACUGAAGUCGUUCUCAAGUGCAGCGUAACGUUUUUAACUAUUUUGAUAUUUUAUUCAGUUGAAGCCAUUAUGCAAACAAUAAACGGAGGCCAUUCCCAUUCUCACGAUGUACCGAACAAAACUUUGGAAGAAUUGAAAGUAGAAUCUACAAAGCAAAUAGAACCGAUAGAACUCGGCGCGAUGAUGCCUGGGUCACCACCACCACCAGUUGAGCGCCCGAUGACAUCGACGGCUCUCAUGGUCAUAGUUGGCGAUGGACUACACAAUUUAACGGAUGGUCUUGCAAUCGGUGCAGCAUUUAGCGGAGAUCCAGUGACUGGUUUCGCCACCGCGCUUGCUGUUUUCUGCCAUGAACUACCCCAUGAGUUAGGAGAUUUCGCAGUAUUACUGCGUUCUGGCAUGAGCAUAAAACGUGCUUUGUAUUAUAAUCUACUUUCUUCCGCUCUCAGUUUUAUGGGAAUGGCAGGUGGUAUAUGGCUCGCUGAAGAUCAUGAAUCGGCAUCACAGUGGAUAUACGCUGCAACAGCUGGUACAUUUUUCUACAUUGCACUAGCAGACUUAGUACCCGAAAUAAACGAAAAUAAUAAAGGAAAGAGUGUGCAUUUAGUACUUGCUAUUCUCGGUUUUCUAACUGGUGGUAUAAUUAUGCUAUUAAUAGCCCUGCACGAGGACUCGAUACAAUAUCUAUUCCGAAAUUCAGAACAAUGAUACAAAAUAAGGAAAAGAAUAAUAUUCUCCGUACAUAAAUUACUCAAGGUUGUUUGUUGAUAGUAUUUUAAAAAAUUAGGUAAGGAUACGAAUAAGUGCUAUUUAUAAGUUUAACUUAAAAUGUGAACUGCUCAAUAAGUUUUUAG